AUGCUACAGCUGAAUCCAAUAAUACAUCCAAAUAAUCAAAAACAUAGAUUUAAAUUUGAAUCAUUCUUAAGAAACGAAUAUAAUUUUGGUUUAGAUCCAGAUAGACCUAAAUGUCCAUUAUAUAAUCCACAAUUUCCACAAACAUCUUGUCCAUUAGGUUCUAAUUGUCCAAAUAAACAUGUAUCACAAAUGUAUAACAAUAAGAUAGUAUGUAAACAUUGGUUAAGAGGACUUUGUAAAAAAGGUGAUCAUUGUGAAUUUUUACAUGAAUAUAAUUUAAGAAAAAUGCCUGAAUGCUUGUUUUAUACCAAGAAUGGAUUCUGUACUCAAACUCCUGAAUGUCUUUAUUUACAUAUUGAUCCACAAUCAAAAAUUCCUGAAUGUAUGAAUUAUAAUGCUGGUUUUUGUUCAGAAGGUCCUAAUUGUAAAAAUAGACAUGUUAGAAAAACUAUAUGUCCUCAUUAUUUAGCUGGAUUUUGUCCUAAAGGUGGUGAUUGUGAAUUUACUCAUCCUAAAUUUGAUUAUCAUAAUUUAUAUUUGAGAAUUAAACCUGAUCCUGUUUCAGUAAUUACUAAAGAUGAUGAACCAAUACAACAAAAAGAGAUAAGUGUAUAG